AUGCGUUAUUUUAGUUUUGGUUUUAUUCUUCUCAAAGAAUUUGAAAGGAAAUCUUCUGGCAGAGAUAUUAAUUUCAUCAUCGCGAAUUUGGAAGCGAAAUCUCUGGUCAGAGAUAUUCAUCAGGCGGUCCAUGUUACUGCAACUCUCUUCCAAUUCGCUUUCUCCCUAGUCCCUUCUCCUUCACACGCUAACUUCCACCAAUUUUCUUACUCAACCAGAGCUCCAAAUGACAUACCAAGGAUUAGGAAUGAAGGGAAAAGAUUGAGAAAGCAGAGGCACCGCCCUAAAGUCCUUGAUAAAGCUAAAAUUAGGAAACAUGCUUUGACUCCUAAACACAUAAUGCCUUCAACCCCUAACCUCUUUACCCCAAAGCGCCCGGCCAAUAUUUUGAGACCCAUUGAUCAGGUAAAUGUUGUCGAUUCUACUGAAAAAUCUAGCAGAAGAAGAAUCGAUUUCGACAUCGGUUAUUGCAGCCCAAAUCAGAGUCCAAAUGUUUAUGAUAGAAAAAGUAACAGAUUCACUGCUUUGAGAGUUUAUAGGAGAAUAUUCAAGCCAAAUGAGUGUUUGAAGAACAGUAGAAAGUUGGGUCCAAAUUUUCCAUUUAUAUUCAAGAAACACAGGAUGAGGCGGCUGAAACCGAUUGUGUUUGAUAAGCUCAUUAUGCUUGUUAAUACGUUUCCAACUACUCGGGAAAUGAAAAUUAAGCCGGUGGACUUAGAUCAAAUUAUGAGGAAUAGAAAGACAAGGCCUCGAACAUUAUACCAAAGGAAAUCGAAAUUCCCCUCGGUCACAGUUGAACGUGCAGCGCUUGAAAAAUCCACGUUGAAUUUGACGUGGAAGGCUAGAAAGGGAAGAUCCAAGACUUCCACUCGUGAGAGCAAUUUAUCAUCAUUCAUCAGUGAUCUUUCCCUGUUACAGUUCUCGGACUCUUUUCUUUUAAGAGUAUCUGCUAUUAGAGUAGCCGAAGAAGACUGUUCUUCAGCUUGUGUGGAAGCUCAAAAUGGUGGUUUAGAUGUGGAAACACCACUUUUCGUGGGUCUGUGCGGCGUUGAAGAUGUGGAUCUCGGAGAGAGCCAAAAUUGGGAUGAUUUUACAAAAGCUCUAGUUGAUUUUGCUACUCGUAAGGUGGAGUGUUUAAACCUCAAUGUGCCAACUCAAGAAAUCAUGCUAAAACAUGAUCUUAAUCCAGAGAGAGAAGCUCAAGAAAUCAUACCAAGAGUUGAUCUCAAUCCUGAGAGUGAAGAUGACGAGACGAAAAAUUAUUGGAAGGUGGAAAGAGAAUUAUAUGAAGGACGGUUCGACGAAUUCAUUGCCAUCUUAUAUCACAUUCAAGGAAGUAUGAAGUACUCGGCCUGGAAAGGCUCCAUUGUUGAUUCAGUGGUCGGAGUCUUUCUGACUCAAAAUGUUGGUGACAACCUUUCCAGUGGUGCCUUUAUGUCCGUUAGAGAGAGAUAUCCGCCUCUGCAUAUGAGCGAGGACAUUGGUAAUGAUGGUAAAAGUGAAAUUGUCAUUCAUGAUAGUGAAAAAGUGAAAAUAGCCUUACCACCAUCCUUAUCCUCUGACGAGUGCGGACAACCGUUGAUUAUUGAAAAUGAUGGAAAUGAAAUUUCCUCCUAUAUCGAAUCUACCUCUGGAGGAGGAAAAGGUAAAAACAAGUUAAACAAAGAACCUCCCAAUUGGGACAAGUUAAGGGUGAAAUAUUCCCAAGGUGUAUCAAAAAACAGAACCGAACGUACAAUGGAUUCUGUUGAUUGGGAGGCAGUUAGACAAGCGACUGUUGAUGAGGUGGCUAAAGCGAUCAUGGGGAGGGGAAUGAAUAAUUUGCUUGCUAGAAGAAUCAAGGAUUUUCUUGAGCGAUUAGUUAAAGAUCACGGCAACAUUGACCUUGAGUGGCUAAGAGAUGCUACGCCAGAGGAAACAAAGGCUUACUUGCUAAGUAUACCUGGCCUUGGCCUGAAGAGCGUAGAAUGCGUGAGGCUUUUGGCACUUCAACAACAAGCGUUCCCGGUUGAUGUGAACAUUGCUCGGGUCGCUGUGCGCAGAGGUUGGGUUCCUCUUCAGGCACUACCAGAGGGUGUCGAGAUACACCAUCUAAAUGACUAUCCUAAUCUAGAUAGCGUCCAACAGUUCCUGUGGCCACGUGUUAAGCAUAUGAGACAUGAAAAAUUGUAUGAAGUGCAUUAUCAUCUUAUACUCUUUGGCAAGACAAUCUGUACAAAGAAAAAUCCAAAUUGCAGUGCAUGCCCGUUUACAGCAAGUUGCAAGCACUAUGCUAGCAUGUCUGCAAGUGCUAGACCCCGCCUUAAAGGCCCUCAAAUGGAGAACUCGCAUUAUCAGUCUUCAGAAAGUUUCAAUCAGGAGUCAGUGGUGAGGACGAGCCUAGUGAUGCUUCCCAAUUUGAAUAUACCACAGAAUUGUGAACCAAUCAUAGAAAUGCCGGAUUCUCCAGUGCGAGAGGGUACACCGGAGACUGACGCGGAUGCAGUUUUUCCAUUGGAAAUUGAAGAUAACAACGAUGAAGAAAAGGAAAUGCUUACGCUCAAUCUCAGUUUCAUAGAGAGAGAGGAUGAUGGGUCCAAGACAUUGAUUACUUUGAGGCCGGAUAUGGCAUCUUGUCCGAGGCCCAAGCUUAAAGAUGUGAAGCGCUUGAGGACUGAGCACAUAGUGUAUGAGCUUCCGCUAUCCCAUCCUCUCUUGGCAGGGUUUGAUGAGUUGGACACAGAUGAUCGUUUUCGUUACCUUCUUGCAAUAUGGAUGACAGAUGAAACUACCGGUUCUUCCCAAGAUCCAAAAAAAGAAAAUAAUUGUCAGGAAUCGACGAACUCUGACCUGAAUACUCCUUCAGGGCAAAUCAUUAAAUACCGAAAUGAGCUGAUGGUUCAAGGAACAAUUUUGAUACCGUGCCGAACAGCUAAUAGAGGAUCCUUUCCACUUAAUGGGACCUACUUUCAGGUCAAUGAGGUGUUUGCUGACCAUGAUUCUAGCCUACGACCAAUUGAUGUCCCCAGAGAAUGGGUUUGGAAUUUAAGGAGACAGCCAUUGUAUUGUGGGACAUCAAUACACUCGAUUUGUAGAGGCAUGUCGAUGGAGGAUAUUUCUGUUCUGUUUCAUGAAGAACUAUCCCGAACCGUUUGGAGGAGUGAUCAAAUGGUGAAAAGCUGUAUACACAAAUGGGAAGGAAGUCACAUACUUGGCGUAUAGUGUAAUUAUUGAGCAUUGCUAGCACGGUAUAUGUAUCUUUGUUAGGAAAUUAUUUUCUUUUUAUCUAAAAAUUUUACUGAAUCAUUCAUAGGAAGGGCCUGAUAAAAGAAAAGGUAAUAAACUGGCUCUUGAAAAAUAAUUGAUCUCAAGUUAUAAAUUACAACAACAUACAACAACAUACUCAGUAUAUU